GUAAAGUUGCGGCUCAGUUAAAUGUCAGAGAGAAAACACAAACAGGUUUUCACUAGAGUGCGCCUUCACCUCCUCAUUUGACGACUCGAGGACGUCGAACGGAGGCAACAGAUUUCAAAAAAGACGGGAAGAGCUGGAUUGAUUCAUGGACUCUAUCGGACUGACACGACCGAGGACGAUUUUGGACGAUAAAAGGACACAUUUCUUCUCAUUUAUGUGACCGGGAUGUUUGUCUAAAACGCCACCCGCCUGGACAUUUGGAUGAGGAUGAGUGCCCUCGUGGGGAAGGUGCAGGCGGUGCUGUGCGUCCUGCUGGUGUGUGUUCUCCAACGCUGCUGCGCUCAGACGCCAGGAGUUUGUUACGGCACCCAGAACAGUGUGAGUAUGAUGGAGAAUCAGUACAACCAGAUGAAGGAAAGGUACACGGGCUGUGAGAUCGUGAUGGGCAACCUUGAGAUCACCAUGAUGGAGCACACCAGAGACUUCUCCUUCCUGCAGUCUAUCAGGGAGGUGACGGGCUACAUCCUGUUUGCCGUCAAUGAUUUAAGCCGCCUGCCUCUGGACCAGCUGCGCGUGAUCAGAGGCAACACACUGUAUGACAACCAGUUCGCUUUGGCGGUGAUGGUCAACUACCAGAAGGACGGGCAGUAUGGCCUUCAAGAACUGGGCCUGACACACCUUACAGAGAUACUGGAGGGAGGAGUCAAGAUCAUCCGGAAUAAGUACCUGAGCUACGCCCCGCAGGUGAACUGGCUGGACAUAGUGAAGGAUGGAACAGCUCAUAUUGUGAUCAACGACAACGGGCCUGAAAAGCCGUGUGACCAAGCGUGUGGAGACGUGUCAUGUUGGGGUCCAGGAAAUGACAAGUGCCAGAUCUUGACAAAGACCGUGUGCGCCCCUCAGUGUAAUCGACGAUGUUUUGGUAGAAGACCCAGCGAGUGUUGUCACAUCGAGUGUGCUGGAGGCUGCACUGGACCCCUGGAUACAGACUGCUUUGUGUGCAGGAACUUCAACGAUUCGGGCUCUUGCGUGCCUUUAUGUCCUCAGACCCUCAUCUACAACAAGCACACAUUCAAACUGGAGCGCAACCCCAAUGCCAAGUACCAGUAUGAAUCCAUGUGUGUGGCCCAGUGUCCUGCUAACUUUGUGGUGGAGGGCAGCUCGUGCGUGAGCAAAUGUUCAUCUGAUAAAAUGGAGGUGGAGAAGAAUGGGGUGAAAAGUUGUGAGCCCUGUGGAGGCCUCUGUCCAAAAGCUUGUCAUGGCACAGGAAGUCCAACCAAACAAACUGUGGAUGCUCUCAAUAUCGACAGUUUCAUAAACUGCACAAAGAUUCUGGGCAGUCUACACUUCCUGGUGACUGGGAUCAAAGGCGACGAAUACAAUCACGUACCAGCCCUUGAUCCAGAAAAACUGAAGAUAUUCAACACAGUGCGGGAGAUUACAGACUUCCUCUGUAUCCAGUCGUGGCCCGAAAACAUGUCUGACCUGUCGGUCUUCUCUAACUUGCAAACAAUUCAAGGCAGAUCACUUUACAAAGUAAGCUCUCGAAGGGGCUACUCUCUUAUGGUGAUGAGGCUCCCCUCUCUGACCUCUCUGGGGUUACGCUCGCUACGAAAAAUAAAUGAUGGCGACGUCUACAUCACAGCAAACAAGAAGCUCUGCUACCCUGACACGAUCAACUGGACGCGCAUCAUAAGCAGCCCCCGCCCGCAGCGCCGCCAGAAGCUCAUUGAAAUCAAGGAGAACCGACCCAGAAAUCAGUGUGUAAAUGACGGGCAAGUGUGCGACCCCCUUUGCUCUUCUGAUGGCUGCUGGGGUCCCGGGCCAAACCAGUGUGUGUCCUGUAAGAAAUACAGCAGGCGAGGAACCUGCGUGCCAGACUGCACGUUCCUAACUGGGGAGAGGCGAGAGUUUGCUGCUCGAUCGGGAGAGUGUAUGCCCUGUCACCCCGAGUGUAAGGUCCAGGAGGGGAAGCAGACCUGCACCGGCAAGGGAGCAGAUGAGUGUGUUGCUUGUGCCAGCUUGCAGGAUGGUCCACACUGUGUCUCCUCGUGUCCUGAGGGCGUGAUGGGAGGGGAGGGAGUCAUCUUCAAAUACCCCAACAAGCAAGGCAGCUGUGAGCCAUGCCACAUAAACUGCACUAAUGGGUGCUACGGUCCAGGAAUUGGAGACUGUGGAGAGUUUUCGCGUUAUAUUUCUGGACAAGAGACCACUGCCAUUGUACUGGGAGUGAUUGCCCUCCUCUUUGUUUCGUUCUCCAUCUUUGUGCUGACGAUCCUGUACCGCCGAGGUAUUGCCAUUCGUCGGAAGCGAGCUAUCAGGAGAUACAUGGAGAGUGGAGAGAGUUUUGAACCUUUGGAGCCUGGAGAGAAAGGAGCAAAAGUCCAUGCUCGGACCCUGAAGCCCACAGAGCUGCGUAAGAUCAAGCUGCUGGGUAAUGGAGUGUUUGGAUCAGUCCAUAAGGGUAUUUGGAUUCCCGAAGGUGAUACAGUGAAGCUUCCUGUGGCCAUAAAGACGAUUCAUGAUCGCACUGGUCGGCAGACCUUCUAUGAGCUGACUGGUCACAUGAUGGUGAUGGGAAGCUUGGACCACAUUAACGUUGUCAGGAUCCUGGGUAUCUGCCCCGGGGCCAGCCUGCAGCUCGUCACCCAGCUCAGCAGUCAGGGCUCCCUGCUUGAGCACGUCAAGAACUGCAAGAACAACCUCAGCCCGCAGAGGCUUCUCAACUGGUGUGUUCAAAUCGCAAAGGGUAUGUAUUACUUGGAAGAGAACAGGAUGGUCCACAGGAACCUGGCCGCCAGAAAUGUGCUCCUGAAGAGUAACUACACGGUCCAGAUCUCAGACUACGGCAUCGCAGACCUCCUACAUCCUGAUGACAAGAAGUACUUUUACAAUGAGGUCAAGACACCAAUCAAAUGGAUGGCCUUGGAGAGCAUCUUGUUUCGCAGAUACACACACCAGAGUGAUGUCUGGAGUUAUGGUGUGACAAUAUGGGAGAUGAUGUCCUAUGGGGUAGAGCCGUACACAACAAUGCGUCCACAGGAAGUUCCUGAUCUGCUGGAAAAGGGCGAGCGUCUCUCUCAGCCUCAAAUUUGCACCAUUGAUGUAUACAUGGUCAUGGUCAAGUGUUGGAUGAUUGAUGAGAAUGUACGUCCAACAUUCAAAGAGCUGGCUAAUGAAUUUACCAGAAUGGCCAGAGACCCUCCUCGCUAUCUGGUGGUCAAAGAGGACUGCAGCCAACAGGACUUGCCGCCGGAUGAAGCUGCUCACUGGAGUGCAGACCUGGAUGAUUUGGAUGAUCUAGACAUCAAGCUGAAGGACCAGGGGGCGGAGGAGGUCACGGAUGGCAUGACUCCAGCAUCCCACUACCUGUCUCCGUCCAGAAGCCACAGCCACCUCUCCAGGAUUGACACUCACAGAGUUGUUGUUAAUCCAUCAAGUGCAACUGAGUACUUGCCGAUGACCCCAGGUGUUGACAACCCAGGACAGGCUAUGUGGCAGUCACGCUCUCGACUUAACUCGGCCCGCACUGUGUCUGAGAGCUCUGAGGGCUGCAGCACAGCAAUGGAGCUGGAGAUGAUCGACUUUCCUCUGGCAGGGAGCCUGAAAAGAAGACGCCAUCGUGAGGACAGUGCUUACAUGUCGCAGAGGGACAGCAUGUCCGGGGGUCCACCAGAGACUCCAUCCCCAGAAAUUGAGGAAGAAGACCAAAAUGGAUAUGUGCUCCCUGGAGACAGCCCAGAGAGAGAUACACUACUUCUUUCAUCUCGAGCCACUCCUGGCAGGUUGGGCAAGUCUCAUUCUGUAGGUCUUCUGGAUGACCCAGACGAUGAAGAAUAUGAGUAUAUGAACAAGCAGACACCUGCCAUGCCCAGGCACAGUAGCCACUGGCUGAAACCAAACAAAAGAACUUCCUCUGUAUCGUCACAAGCGACAGCAUGCUCAGGUGAUACCACACCGUCUCUGGAGGUCAGGGGAGUUCACUCAAGGAGCAAGGACAACUCGGAUUCAGAGCAGCAGGGCUCUAACGAAGUUCAAUAUGAAUACAUGGUCAUCAGAGGUACUGAAAAAGAUGAAAACCCUCCAGCACAUGAACCUCCUCCGAUACCAGCAAGCUUUGGGGGACAGGUGGAGGAUGAAGCGGAGGAGGGAGAGGAGGAUGAAUAUGUGGAGGACAGUAACUAUCAUUACACAAACAGACAGCCAAAGCUGCGACAAGCUCUUCGAGACAGGAUGGAGCUGAAGAUACAGGGGAGGGACGAUGGCGAGGCGUAUGAAUACGAAGACAUGGACUGCUUUGCUGUCAUGCGGGAUGAAGAUGCAGUGGUGUACCAGAAUGUGCGGAGGGGAGGGGAGGGAGCAGUGGAGGGCAUGAAGGAACAUCAAUCUGUGUUUGAACCUUAUGUAAAAGUGCGAGCUGGAGCCAGGGCUGGGGAACCUGCAGUUGCCGACACAUCUUUUGACAAUCCGGACUACUGGCACAGCAGAAUUUUCCAUAAGCCUGAAGCAGUGCCUACAUGACGAACAUUUUAAAUCUCAUGAACUUCCCUCUGAGAUGUAUACGUGAAGGACCUGAAACAGAAGCCAUGUUAUUACUGUAGCCUAAGACACCAACUAAAAAACCCAACACGUGUGGUUUUGUUGUCUGUUACAGGCUUACAUCCGAUCUUGUAUGUAGGCCUUUGAUUUUGGGCAUUUCCAGAAGUAAUAGCACUGACUGUUGAAAGCACCAACAGAAAGUUAUAUUUUUCUGUUUACAUUGGAAAUGAACAAAGAAUGUUUUUUGAGACCUCUGUGUGUGAUUAUAUAUGAAAUGCCUUUUCUACACAAUAAGCAGCCUAACCUCAAAAAGAGGAAAUCAAAUUUUGUGUCUCUGAAUUACAUUAAGAUCUCUGUGUUGUUAAGUUGUUUUUAGCUACGGUCAUUGUCAAUUUAUGUAGUUGAGUCUCUUUAUAGUUGUUUAAAUUGCUUUACAGCCUCUGCAUUCUCUUUGUGGUCUAUUUGUGUCUCUCGAUUGUCAAUCUGAUUCACUUUGUGGCCACCAUGCUUCUCUGUGUAGCAAGUGGCAACCCACCAUGACGUCACCCAUUGGUUUGUGAUAUGCCAGUCAGUUUGCGUCCUUUUGAGGUCAUUUCUUUGUAGUUGAUUUGAUGGACUUUGCAAAAAACAAAUGUUGAUUAAAUGUAACUAUUGGGCACAUCAUCUAAAGAGAUGAUGUGCCCAGUAGGGCCAUGCAGCCAUGUUUCCAUGAUCACAUAGAACAGAAGCUGUUUAAAUGUUUGUAAAACGGUGAAACUGUCCUUUAGUACUACAACAUGUUAAUUAUUGAACAAUGACUUGAUCGACAAUACAAAGUAUUAUACACUG